UUUCCACUUUCGUUAUUGUCACUAAUCGGCGCUUCAACGGAGCAAGAAAGCGGGAUCGGAGUCGCUAGGGUUUUCUGAGGCCAUGGCAGGAUCAGGGAGUUCCAUGCUAUAUUCAUUUCUUCUGUUUACUGUUAUCCUUUCACUCCAAGAGAUGUAUAGAGGGAAGUUAGCGUCAUCGGAGUUGUUUACCAUACUUGGAGGGUUCAUCAGCUCUCUAUUAUUUCUGGUUUUGCUCACAUUCAUUGGGAAUUUUCAGGAAACAUGUGGCAUGAGAACUGGUUGGGGUGCUGGUAAUGCAUUGAUUUCUUUUUAUUCAUUCCCUGGUUUGCUCUUUAUUCUGUGACAAUAAGAUGCUAUUGACAAAGUUGGGAAGAAUGAACAUUGAGUAGUUAUCUUUAAAUGUUGUCCUGCUCACUUUACUCUCCUCUGCAAAUGGAGUACAAUAUCCUCAUCGUUCCCUACAAGCUCAUCUAAUGCUUGUACACAUAGAAGCCAGUAUCUCCAGACUUUCUUGGCAUUUCCAAGACACAAUUUGGGUCCUUUUAACUCUAUAAGUAAGUUUUUCCUCUGGUUUGAUGACAAGAGCAUGCAUGAUACAGCAUUAAAAAGUGAGAUCAUUGUCUUUUUCAUCGGAAUGAAAUUAAGGAUGUCAGGUUAAACAGUGCUACGAAGUGCAGAAAUUAUUGCAAUGUUAGUUGGCAAUAUGUAUUUUGGCUUCACUUUCAAUAGCUAAUAGAGUAAGAUGAAUGAGUACUUGUACAAGAUUCAAGAGUGUAUCACUAUUUUUUUUUCCCCUUAGAUUUUAUAUUUUGAAUUUUUUCCUGACACCUUUCCUUGCUUCUAUGUGAUCUGAACUGAGAUUCAACAGCUAUAAGAGGCUCAAUAAAUAUUAUCAAAAAGCUUCUUUGAAUUUUAAUGGCUACUCCUAAUGGAAAAUUUAAACUUUAAACUUUGAUCUCAAUAUUUGAGUGUGGAAUGCCCUGCUCUCAUUUUUUGUUUUUUUCUUUUCUUGCAACAGUUAUAUUAGCUGAAGCUGUUGCUCUUGUUGCUGCUAGCACUGUCCAUCGAGUUUGUAUCACCACAUGUUUCUUGUUCUCAGUUGCACUUCUUUAUGAGGUUAACAAGAUCUCAGCAAUGGUGCUUGCAAGAAGUGAAUCAAAAACAAAGAGGCUCUAAUUUGAAAUAUAAUUCCCUCUUAGUCAAUGAUACAUCAAUCAGAAAGUUAAUUGUUUUGCAUUUUGCUCUCUAAGGACUGCGAGAUGUAUUUGAUAUUGAUCGGUUAUGAGGUUUUAGAACUUAUCACACCACUCUUAUUUAGCAUUCCUUUGCUGGUUCCAUGUUGGAAGCAUGCAACAGUUGUCUUAACUGAUUACUUUCUUGACAGGAAGAACUUUGAUGUUCAUGUGACUUAGCAUGUACGGUUUUUAGUACUCUCCAUGCUUAAUGAUUAAGCACCCAAAGAGUUGGAGUCUAUAAUAGUUGAUCUAAUAAAGGCCCUUUGCUUUA